CGACAGAUUUAGCUUAGACACCAGUGUGUGCAGGGACUGUAUGGGCAAACGCCUUGGAAACACACCACAUAUGCCCUGCUGAAGAAGAGUCCGACUCAAGUCUUUUGCCACUUCAACUGGAUCCCCCUCAGAAGCCAGAUCAGAGAAGACAGUUUGCACAUUGGAAGGGGUUCCAGAGAUGUCAGUGGGACUUUAAUGAGUCCAUCUUGCGCCCCAUAGAAGCCACCCAUUAUUUUUUGGACUUAUAACAUUAGUGUGGUCAUGAAUGAAGCCACUACAGGGACCCAGGAGGAAAUGGUGAGCGAGGCUCUGGUCCGGUUUCAGUCCACCUUGCAGGCUGCUGUGAGGGAGGUGCACAUGGAUGUGAGCGCUUUCAAGCAGAGAAUAGAGCAGAAGAUUGAGGAGCUUUAUGUUUCCAAUGGACCCUUAACUGAGGCGGUAUCCAGGCUGCAGGAUGAGAACCAGCAGUUGAGGGCAAAGCUGGAGGCUCUCAGCCGGCUGGUUGAGGGUCUUACUGGGCUCAAGGCAGAAAAGAGUCCUGUUCAAUUAGAGGGAGAGAAGACAGAGGGAGGUUUAGAGAACGGACAAGCACUGGUACAGUCCAAGACGGAGGAAAACCAGAGGGUUCACCCAGAAAAACCCGAGAACAGCAGCCAGCGGGGUCAGUCCAUGUCCGUGCACUCUGAAACAUCGGGCUCAAGUGAAGGAACAAGCCAAGCUGCUGCAGCUGCUGCGUCAAGCAACUGCCCAGCACCGCCACCAUGGAGAACCAGGAGACAUGCUGAAAUAAAUGUUACUGACGCAAAAGGAGACAAAACUAUUCCCCCUGUAGCCACAACAACUGCACAGCAGAAUGGGAAUGUCAAACAGCAAGAAACCCUGUCAGUCGGCUCAACCCAAACAGCUGGAGCUGAUCCCCAGUCUGUCACAUCCAUCACCAAUAUGAGCUCAGAGGCUGUAACCAUGACAAACUCUCUGCAGUCUGCUGUGGAAACUCCAACAAGGCACGACCAGGAAGAACCAGUUUUGCUGACCAAACCCCAUGUUUCCCUCACUUCGCUGCCAAACGCCAGUUGUGAAGCUCCAGCUGUUGCUCAGCCUCCUGCCACAGUCACCCCAUCAGCAGCAGAUACCUGUGGAAAGUCUACAGAGCCUCCUGUUGAGUCUGAUGCCGCUGAACCACAGCCCCAUCUUCCUGUAACAGCCAUGACCAGCAAACCCAGUUCAGAGGGUGUUUUCGAAGCCAAAACUGCACAGUCUACAGCAUCAGUAUCUAAAGUAGCUGAGGCAGUGGGGGAGGCAGGGGAAUAUCCCUUUAAGAGAGGAAUGUCUGGAACAAAGGAACGAAUGUCCCAGGUAUCCCAGGAGGACUCGGGCUCUGGUCCUCAAGCUUUGGCCCAUCUCCCCAUCACAGCUGUGACCAAGAACAGCACUGAGAUAUCUGCAGUGUCCAGAUCUGAGCAGACCUCCACUGCAGCCCCCAAUCCCUCAAUAGCAGACUCUCCAACAAUAAAGAGAGGCGAAUAUCUAUUCAGACGUGAUGAACCAAAGCCACACCAGGCUCUCUCUGCCAUAACCAAACCCAACACAGACUCCUCCUCUCCUGAUGCAGCAGCACAGUCUCCUUCCUCAACACCCAGGUCAUCCUGUUUGUCGUCAUUACAGGACUCUGCAGUAAAACCAGGGGAAUAUCCAUUCAAGCGAGUUCCAGUUCUGAAGACACCUAGCCCGAGUCUGAAGAGAAGUGUGAGCUUUCCUCAGUCUGCCGAAAAAUUACUUCCUUCCAAAUCAAUCAUAAAAUCUGGUUUCUCACCGAACUUGGACAAGAAAACUAACAAGUCAGGGGGGAUGGCCCUAGGCGGUGGGUUUGAGCUGAAGCAGAAUGUGAUGAAAUCACAAACUCUUCCACGUUCCAACGGAGCUCAGGCCAAAAGGGCUAUGUUUGAGAGGAUGAACUCAGAGCCCACCAAACCAAAAGACUCCAAGCCCAAACUGAAGCGCUCUCAGAGCUUUGGAGUGUCCAGUGCCAGCGGCAUAAAACAGAUUCUACUAGAGUGGUGCCGCUCCAAAACCAUUGGUUAUCAGAACAUAGAUAUCCAAAACUUCUCGUCCAGUUGGAGUGACGGGAUGGCUUUCUGCGCUCUGGUCCACUCUUUCUUCCCUCUGGAGUUUGACUACAAUGCGCUUAAUCCUGCAAACCGCAGAGAAAAUCUACAGAUGGCCUUCACGAUGGCAGAGAAGCAGGCAGAUUGUCUCCGUCUAAUUGAAGUGGAGGACAUGCUGGACAUGGGGGACAAGCCAGACCCCAUGUGUGUAUUUACAUAUGUUCAGUCUCUCUACAACCACCUGAAGCAGUUUGAAUGACUCUGUAUCAGAGUGUAUCUCAAAGGAAACAUUCUCCUUUUCCCUUUUGCUGUAGUUGUCCACAGUGUGCUGUGAACCCUUUGAAUAAACUAUGUUGCACCUAAAUUCCAUUACAGUCUGUUCUUCAAGUCACAUUAAUGUGCCUCUGGAGUGAGAAGAACAUUCUCUGUUCUCACAGAAUCUGUAGCAGGUUUAACAAGGAGCAAAAAUUGACCAGAACAUGACAAAGUUCUGACCAAGG